UUCAACAGGAAAGGGAUGCAUAACUUUAAUCAAAACAGUUUGGCAGCAGUAAUGUUCUUCAAGAAGGUGCCCAAAAUGCCCACAACUACCGAGUUCCUCAACAGUUCUACUCCUGAGGAAUAUAAAGCUUUACUCACAGUCUAUCAUGAUGCUCUCCAAAUUAAGGCAAUGCUUAAAAAUAAGAAACAAGGAGAAAGUUUGGAAUCCUUAGACAAAUGGUACCAGGAGGAGCUUGGGGAAGCAGUGGCAUCACGUAGUCCUCCCCACAUGAUCCGGCAGGAGCUGGUCCGCCUCAUGGAUUGGAAGCUCUCCAGGGGGAAGUUCAGACCUCGCCUGAUCCAGCUCUCAGAAUCCAAUGAGGAAUCUCUCGUCAAGAGUGCAACAGAGAAGGGAAUCAAGCUUGCACAAGCUGGCAAGAUUGAAGAAGCAAUUGAAGCUCUUGUUGUUCUGAAAGGUGUGGGUCCUGCUACAGCCUCAGCCGUGCUUGCAGCAUGUGUACCAGAGAAGUGCUGUUUUUUUGCUGAUGAAGUUGCCCAUGCCAUACCUGCCCUCAGCAAACUCAAGUACACUAACAGUGAAUACAUAUUACUAAACACAGAACUUACAAGCUGUGCUGCACGCCUCAAUAAUGAGAGUGGGAAUGGAUGUGAGAAGGAAAAUAAUGAGGACCAGUGGACUCCUCAUAGGGUGGAACUGGCAGUCUGGACACACAGCCUCCUCACCCACAACAAACCCAAGUUAUUGGAUAGUGUAAGCAUCAAAAGAAGUGGAGAUGAGAGUGAGGCCCCAAAGAAGAAGAGGAAGAGGAACAAAAAAUAAAAUUAAAUGCAAAAGGUGAAAUUCACUGAUCUCUAAAAUUAUCUACCUUUUUUGUAUGGGUCCAUUGGAACAAAGUUUUGAGGCAAACCUUAAGAUUUUGAUUUGUUAUUGAUAUAGAAGCAAAUCCCAUAAAGAUAUGGGAGCUUAAUGUCACCUUGUGUUGCUUAACAAAAAAUCAUGUCUUUCCAUAUGCCAAAACCUCACUUUUUCCCCCCAAUGGAAAGCAUGAAAGUAAAAGACAAAAUAUUCAUAUUUAAGGAGAAGGAAAUGCAUAAAGCCCCUUUCUCAUUCCUAAUAAGAGUACUAGAAAUUGAAAAGCUUUCUGCUCCAUGUAUUACAACAUAACAAUCUUCCUUGAAUUAUGUUUAAUUUCUGAAUAUUAAUUAAUAGUUUAUGCUGUGUGUUGUGCACCAAAAGAUUCAUAAUAAAACAAAGUAAAUGACAGA